AUGACCUCUCCCUUCCCAGCAUCCUCCUCAGCCCCCGGAGAAGGCCACUUAAUCGUACAACUCCUCCCGCAAAAACUCUCAGGCCUCUCCAAAAUCUCCUUCCAAUACCCCCUAAAACUCAUCUCACCCUCCCCAUCCCCCUCUCAAAAAUCCGUCCUCGUCUUCCUCCUCACCUACGGAGGCGGCCUCGUCGGCGGCGACCAAGUCCACCUCACCAUCGAGGUCCAGUCCGACGCGAAACUCAGCGUCGUCACGCAGGGCCAUACCAAGAUCUUCAAGUCGCCGUCACGAGAUGUCGUCACGAGGCAGAGGCUGGAUGUGACGAUCCAUGCUGGCGCGGCGGUGUGUCUACUUCCUGAUCCGGUGCAGCCGUUUGAGGGGAGUGUGUAUGAGCAGGCGCAGAAGUUUAUGGUUGCUGAGGGGGGCAGUUUGUGUUUGUUGGAUUGGGUGUCGGAGGGGAGGACGGCGAGGGGUGAGGAUUGGGAUUUGGGGGCUUGGAGGGGGAAGAAUGAGGUGUGGUCGGUGGCGAAGGAGGGAAGUGGGGAGAAGUCGAGAUUGUUGUUGAGAGAUAAUGUUAUCCUGGAGGGAGAUGAACCGGACGCUAAGGAGAAGGGAUUGAGGAAGAAGAUGCACAAGUUGGGGAUAUUUGGGACUUUGGUAUUACGAGGACCGUUGAUGGAUACUUUAGCAGCGUUCUUCCACUCGGAAUUCGCUGCUCUUCCUAGAAUCGGUGCAAGGGACUUCAGAUCACAGGAGAAAGUCGAGAGAGACAGUGGGGUGGUUGUAUCGAGAAUAGAGGCUUGGAGGUCAGCGAGGUUGAAGCAGGAGAAGGCUGAUGAGGUGCUGUGGUCUGCUGCUAAGGUGAGGGGAUGUACGAUUGUUAAAUUUGGAGCUCGAACUGUGGAGGGAGGAAGGGUAUGGAUUGGGAGUAUGCUCAAAGAGGAAGGUUCGAUAUCGAGUCAUUUUGGGGAAGAUUCGCUCAUGUGUGUUCGUUGA